UAAUGGCUGAUUAAGAGGAUUAAUAAAAAAUAUAUUAAUAAGAAGAGGAAGAAAAUGUUGAUUAAUAUUCAUAUUCAGAAGGAGAUCAGUAUGAAUCAGAUUCAGAUAAUUUGAAAUUUGAUAUAGCAAAACCAGAGAAAAAUCCUUUUAGACCAAUAGGAAUUGAUUUUCAAAAAAUUCAAUAAAUAGCGCAUUUAGCACCUAAUUCAAAAGAAAUUCAAUAGGAGGAAGAAAAUAGAAAGAAGAUCGAGGCUUAUCAAUUGUACUAAUAAAAAGUAUAAGAAGCAGAUCAAAAUUAAAAGGAAUUAGAAAAGUAGAUUGAAGAAAAAUUAAAUUAGAAAAAGGAUGAAGAACUUCAAAAUUUACAGAAAUAACCAAUAGAAUUACAAAUUAAUAAAGGAGGAUAACUUGUAAAUGCAGAUGAGAUUCAAAAAAUCAUAUAUCCAUGGUAAGUGUUGUUUGACGACACAUGGAAAAAGAAUUAUUAUUAUAAUCCUGUAACAAAGGAAAGUGUUUGGGAGUUGCCAUUGGAUAUAGUAUAGAAAUUGUCUGAUUACAGAAGAUAAUUCGAGCAUAGAUUGUAUGACUAUUAGGAGAGGAAUUUUUUUAAAUUUUUGCCUAAAUAAUACAUCGCAAGAUAAAGAGAGCAGUUAUUUUAGAAAAGACAGAAAGUAAUGUUAAGACCAGCGAGAAAGCAAGUUGAAGAAUCAUUGGCGACAAAAUUCGGUUAUAAAUAAGGAGAUGAGGAAUACAACACAUGGUUUGAUAGAUUUUUAAGUGAUGGAAACAAAUACAAAGAGAAAGAUCCUGCAUUGACCAGAAUGCAUCCAGAUAUUGAUAGUGGUUAUACUAAGGCAGACUUAUAUGAGAAGUUUAGUACUUACUUUUGCUUGUUCUUUGCUCGGGGUUGUUGUGCAGAAGGAGUUAAUUGUAGAUAUUAUCACAGAAUUCCAACUAUGGAUGAGUGUGAAUAAAUCGAUAACAGUAAGGAUGUCUUUGGUAGAACUAGAUUUGCCAAUCAUAGAGAGGAUAUGAAAGGGUAAUAAUUGAUCAUCUAUGACUUAUUAUAGUAUAGGUUGUUUCACAAGUGACACCAGAGCCAUCUAUAUUACUCAUUAUAAAAUGCCUAAGGCUGAUACUAGUACUCAAGCAUUAGCCUUAAUGUAUGAUACAUUAUGGAGACAUUUCAGUCCAUUGGGGGAUAUCGAUGAUUUAAAUGUUAUACCUGCCAAGGGUGUCUCAUUUAUAAGGUAUUUUAAUAGACAUACUAUUAAUGUAGAUAUAAACAUAGAUGCUAGGCUGAAUUCGCUAAAGAAGCCAUGGAUUCACAAGCCCUGGAUUAAUAAGAGUGUAUAAUGUGCAAAUGGGCUUAUGAGGAUCCCAAUCCUAAGGCUAUGUCGAGAGAGUUUGAGGAGGAAAAGCUUAAAUUAGUUAAUGCUGUUAAGGAUAAAGAGAAGUAAUUCCUGAUUUGGAUUUAUUAGAAAAGAAUAACAAAAUAAUUAGUAAUUUAGAAAGAAGGUUGAUGGCCAACAGAUUAGAGACAGAUCCCAGGAUGAUAGGAAAGGCAAAAGAGGAGGAGACAGAGGCAAUAGAAGAGGGGGACCUCGUGGAAGGGGAGAUAAUAGAGGAAGGGGUGGAAAUCGAUUAUUUGAUGAUGAUUGA